AUGUCGGCCAACGGCGACAAAUACGACCCCGACAUCGAGUCUGAUUCCGACGCGGAAUCGGUCGGCGAGGUCGGCGCCGGCGCUGCUCCUGAGAAGCCUCUCAAGCCCGCCCUCAAGAAAUCGUCGAAUCCCAUGACGUCUACCGACCCCACCAUCCAGAGACCGCCUCUACCUCCCCAGACGGAUCCCAAGGAUCUCGACGUCAACACCCUCACGCCCUUGACCCCAGAGAUUAUCGCGAGGCAAGCGACCAUAAACAUUGGUACCAUCGGCCACGUCGCCCACGGAAAGUCCACCGUCGUCAAGGCCAUCUCCGGCGUGCAGACCGUUCGUUUCAAGAACGAGCUGAUCCGGAACAUUACCAUCAAGCUUGGUUAUGCCAAUGCGAAGAUUUACCAGUGCGACAACAAGGCUUGUCCCAGGCCUACGUGCUACAGGAGCUACAAGAGUGACAAGGAGGUUGAUCCUCCUUGCGAGCGGGAGGGAUGUGGAGGAACCUACAGGCUGUUGCGCCAUGUAUCCUUCGUUGACUGCCCCGGUCACGAUAUUCUCAUGAGCACCAUGUUGUCAGGAGCCGCGGUCAUGGACGCCGCCCUCCUUCUUAUAGCAGGAAACGAAUCCUGCCCCCAGCCCCAAACUUCCGAGCACUUGGCUGCCAUCGAAAUUAUGAAGCUGGACAAGAUCAUCAUUCUGCAGAACAAGGUGGACCUGAUGCGACAAGAGGCUGCUGAGCAACACUACCAGUCAAUCCUCAAGUUCAUUAGGGGUACAGUAGCCGGCAAGUCGCCCAUCAUCCCCAUUUCUGCCCAGCUCAAGUUCAACAUCGACUCCGUUCUCGACUCCAUCGUCAACACCAUCCCCAUCCCCCCUCGAGACUUCACCCUUGACCCUUACAUGAUCGUCAUCCGAUCCUUCGACGUCAACAAGCCCGGUGCCGAGAUCCACGAGCUCAAGGGCGGUGUCGCCGGUGGCAGUAUCCUCCACGGUGUCCUCAAGCUCGGCGACGAGAUCGAGAUCCGCCCCGGCAUCGUCACCCGCGACGAGAAGGGCGCCCUCCAGUGCAAGCCCAUCUUCAGCCGCAUCGUCUCCCUCAACUCCGAAGCCAACGAUCUCAAGUACGCCGUCCCCGGAGGUCUCAUCGGUGUCGGUACGCGUAUCGAUCCUACCCUCUGCCGAGCCGACCGUCUCGUCGGUCACGUCCUCGGUCUCAAGGGCCGCCUCCCCGAGAUCUACAGCGAGAUCGAAAUCAACUUCUACCUCCUCCGCCGCCUCCUCGGUGUCCGAACCGCCGACGGAAAGCAGGCCAAGGUCGCCAAGCUGUCGAAGAACGAGGUCAUCAUGGUCAACAUCGGUUCUACUUCCACCGGUGCCAAGGUCUCCGCCCACAAGAACGACGCUGCUAAGCUCAUCCUCACGACCCCUGCUUGCACCAACAUUGGCGAGAAGGUUGCUCUUUCCCGUCGUAUCGAGAAGCAUUGGCGGUUGAUCGGAUGGGCCACCAUUGUUGCUGGCGUCACUCUCGAGCCGACUACUUCCUAA